UGAUCAGCUGUGUCCAAUCACAGAAUAUCGCCAACUGUCACGCUGACAGAGGAGAGCCGGUAAUCGGCAUUCCUCAGAGGGGACAUCUGCACUGAUCAUCAGGGCACUGAUCAGUGCCCUGAUGAUCAGUGUAGCCCCAUCAGUGUCACCUGUCAGUGUCCGUCAAUGCCACCUGUCAGUGCCAAUCAAUGCACAUCAAUGCCACAUAUCAGUGCCAAUCAAUGCCACAUAUCAGUGCCUACCAGUGCACAUAAAUGCCACAUAUCAGUGCCCAUCUGAGCUGCCUAUCAGUGCUAGUCAGUGCCAUCUAUGUGUGCUGCCAAUCAGU